AGUCUAGUGAAAUGGAAAUUGGACAGAUGGUAAUUGGUUGGUAUUGGUUUGUAUGGUGGAGAAAAGGGUUGGAUAGUUGGUUGGAUGUUGGAUUGGAGAGGGAAGGACGACGGACGUGGAGGUUCUUAGUUGAUGUGGAAGAGAAGGACAAAAAAACGCCAGCUGAUGUUUAGAUAUUCCAAUGACUGCACGCAGACGUAGAGGAGGCUCUGAGUCUGAACAGGUGCCGUUGAUAGUGACCACAAACACAGAGUGGACCUCCCCACCCCCACUGACGUAUGAUGGCCCGGAACACACUGACCGUCAAAACCGAUUAGGAUUCAGCAAGCCAAUUGAAAAGGAAUUCCAUAAAAUGACAUCUCGGGACAGGACACUUGAGUUCAGCAAUGCGAUCAGAUCGUUGGCGAGUCGACAAGUGGUGCGAGCCGUGGCAGCUCGUGAUCCUCGCAAAGCCAAGCACAUUCAGAGCUAUGGCGAGUUCAUGGUCAUUGCCCGCACCAUCGGAAAGAACAUCACAAGUACUUACACCAAGUUGGAGAAACUCACACUACUUGAGUGGAUAUUCUCCCCAUCGUCUGUAGUCCUGCUGGUGUGCCUAGGCAGCCUGUGCGGUAACAACAGUGUGGCAUAUAGAGCAGACUCUAUCCACUGCUGGGGCAGGAAUAUUGGGGGACUCUCGCCGCCUCAGCAUGGGGGGGGUGUGGGUGGGUUUGGGUAUGUUAUCUUGGGUGUAAUAGAUGGGGUGGUGGGCUUGUUAAGUUUAUGUAGAUCCCAACUCAUGAUUUUGUUCUCACUGCAGAACCUGAAGUUGGCCAAGAGUCGGAGAGAGCAGUUCUCACAAGGUGCUGUGUCCCCCUCCCUCCCCCCGUCAGCCAUGUCAGGACACCACCAUGGCUCCGUUCUGCUUGCUGAUGAGCAAGUCAGUAUAGAUCUGUCCAACCACGAACCUCACCAGCAUAUCAUGCAGUCUCAGGCACUCAUCUACGAUGAAACGGACCAGUAUUUAUCAAGUAGAGCAGAGACGAUGCAGAACAUUGAAUCCACGAUUGUGGAGCUCGGUGGUAUCUUUCAGCAGCUUGCACAUAUGGUCAAGGAACAGGAGGAAAUGGUUGAGAGAAUCGACGCGAACGUUGCAGACGCAGAACUCAAUGUGGAAGCUGCUCACAAUGAAAUUGUCAAGUAUUUCCAGUCAGUAACAAACAACCGGUGGUUAAUGAUUAAAGUUUUUGCUGUUCUGAUAUUCUUCUUCAUCUUUUUUGUUGUCUUUUUGGCGUAGCCCUUGCCCCAUCCUCUUUGGACAUUCCGGUUUUUGGUAACUAUACAGUGUACAAUUUUCCAAAUGUAAUAUAGACCAAUAUGAACUGUUUUAUAAUACUUGUUAAUAUUUAUAUAAAGUUACUAUAAAUAUAUUAAAUAAAAUGUAAGUAAAUUUUAUUCUUCCAUGUA